AUGGAAUUUUUCAAGAAUAGUUUUAAAUCUGUCCUCGGUGCUCCGGACCCAGAGAACCAGCCGACUGGAGCCGACACGGUCCUGGAGAUGGACCGCACAGACUGCGAGAUAGUGGGCCUGGCGCUGGACACACUGUGCAACAUCACGAGCCCGGAGACCUUCGACGAGGAGGUGGACAAGAACGGCCCUAACAGCAAGAUCGGCGAGCAGUUCACUGAGAUCUUUAUCAAGCACCAGGACAGCGUGGGUCUGGUGCUGGCCGCGCUUGAAGACUUCGACUUCAGAGUCCGCUGGCCAGCGCUCAAGCUGCUGUCCAACCUGGUGAGCAACCGCCCGAAGGACAUCCAGGAGAUCAUCCUGGUGAUGCCCAUGGGCGUAUCCAAGCUGAUGGACCUGCUCAGCGACAGCCGCGAGGUCAUCAGGAACGACGCGCUGCUCCUGCUGAUCCAGCUGACCAAAGGCAACGCCAACAUCCAGAAGAUUGUCGCCUUCGAGAACGCCUUUGACAGGAUCUUUGAUGUCAUCACCCAGGAGGGCAGCGCCGAGGGAGGGAUUGUUGUUGAAGACUGCUUGCUGCUCAUGCUCAAUUUAUUAAAAGGCAAUCUUAGCAACCAGAACUUCUUUAAAGAAGGAACGUGUCAAAGAAUAAUGCAUGCAUGCGGCCUGCUGCAAGCUUUAUGUGACAUCCUGAUGGCCAGCGGAGUGCCAGCAGACGUUUUGACCGAGACAAUAAACGCAGUAGCAGAAGUGAUCCGCGGGAACAACACGAAUCAAGAAUUCCUGGGCAGCGUGACCGCACCGAGCAGUCCGCCGCGGCCAGCAAUAGUGGUGCUGCUCAUGUCGAUGGUGAACGAGAAGCAGCCGUUCCAGUUGAGGUGCGCAGUGCUGUACUGCUUCCAGAGCUUCCUGUACAAGAACAACGAUGGGCAGACGCAGUUGAUCCAGACGUUGCUGCCCCAGAGCAACGAGACGCCCUCGCUGACCACUGGGCAGCUGCUCUGCGGCGGCUUGUUCUCGCCGGACCCGCUGUCCAAUUGGUUCUCGGCUGUCGCGCUGUCCCACGCGCUCAUCGACAACACCACACAAAAGGAGCAGCUGCUCAGAGUGUUGCUGGCCACUAAUAUUGGCAAGCCGCCGGUUACUUUGAUGCAACAGUGCGUGUUCCUCCUACAGCAGGGUAGCAAGCCUCAGAGCAAGCUCGGGCUGCUCAUCCUGCUCUGCCGCUGGGUCAGCUACUGCCCAGUUGCUGUCAAGACAUUCCUGUCCCUCGACUCUUCCGUUGCCUAUCUGACUGCCCUGCUGUCUGGCCACGAUAACAAUGAAGACCUGGAGGAGAAUCUUAUUCAGAGCAUGUGUGCUUUACUUCUCGGCAUGUGUGUUCACUUCAACGACGAUCAGGUUCCUGCUUACACCAAGGACAAGCUCUGUAAUUUAAUUGACAAGCGCAUUGGCCUUGAGAGGUUCCAAGAUGCCAUUGGUGGAACUACUAGGCAUGAGAUUUACUCCAGGACUCUCAAGCAUCCUCAGCCUUCGGCUAAACAUCCAAAGGACUUGCUCCUGGAUCAUGAGUUCUGUCGGCUGUUGAAGAUUCUUGAAGGAGGUAUAACAAUCCAGGACUUACAAUCCCAAAUAAGUAACCUCCGGGACCAAAACUUAGUCCUGCGUGCGGCGCAAACAAACCUAGCCGACAAGGACACUUUACCCAACCAUCAAAUAAAAAUAGAUGACUCCUCAGAGGAGUUACAAAAAUCCAGGAGCAAAAUCCAGGAUUUAGAGUCGCAACUCUCCGAGUAUAAAUCAAUGGUCGUCGCCCUGCAGGAAAAAGAAAGCCAAGUAUCUAUUGAGCUGGAGAAAAAAUUAAAAGAGACGAGCGAGGAGCUGGAGAAGCUCAAAAAGGACCAAGAGGACCUCCUGGAGCUUCUGUCGGACCAAGACACCAAGCUGAUGCUGUACAAACAAAAACUUACCGCCCUGGGCGAGAAAGUCGAGUCUGAUGGAAGCUCUGGAGAGGUUGAUGAUGACACCGACGACCAGCCGUCGAGUAAUUGA